AUGGUGCAACUUGCAGGCCAAACUCGUGACUACCCAUCCAACUCUCCUCCCUCAGCCCUUCACGGAUGGCUCAGACGUCUACGCGGGCUUCUCACGUUCAACAGUUCCGUCUUGCAUGAAGGUAAAGAUGAGAUACACGAUGCGCGUAUCUGGCGAGCGUACAGGCGAAGCGUACGUAGACGAAUACGCGGACCACUUCCAGAAGAACGGCGCAAGAAACGUGUAGGAGAAAGGGAAGAAUCGCCGUACAGACCUAACGACAUCGAACGGUAUUACCGUACACCAUUCGAGCGUGUUCUAGGGAUACAUCACAUUCAUCAACAUAAUCGUCCAGAACCUCCAAGGCCUGAGACCCGAACUCCACAAUUUGAACCAUAUAAUACCCUCAAAGCACAUUACAGGCAUAGGCAAAUUGGUACACUCGGUGAUCGAAUUUUGUAUACUCCUCGUUCUCAGCCUGAUCCACCACCGCCCAAACCUGAGCCCGGACGUGUUAUACCUGCUACUACUCCGCUUGUAAUCAUACCUGGCAGUUCGAAGGUGAAGAAGAAAUAUACGUAUGGGUAUUAUACGUGA